AUUCUGAUAUAGCAGCAGGCCUAUUCUGAUCGGUAGUAUUCUGAUUAAGUAGAUUUCUGAUUUAAUAGAAUUCAACUGUUACUUCCUUCGCCACAAACUUCGUGUUAGGUUUCCAGAAAUUUGAGACCCUUAAUUUUUAUUACGCCAAAAAUGGAAUAUCUAAGUUUUGACUUAAAAAACAAAUUUUUGGCAGAAAUGCAAAAGUUUCACUCAGAAUUUGACGAACUGGUCGAGGACGUCACAAAUGAAGGUUCCCUCAACAAAGUGGAAACGGAGGCGCUAAGCAGGUUCAAAGAGAUGAUCCGUUACACUGUACCCAGAAGCCUCAACAGUAAAGGUUUGAUAGUGGUGAUCGCGUACAAAUACCUGGUUCCAAAUGCUGGCGAAGAGGAUCUGAAGAUAGCGAGAGUGUUAGGAUGGUGCGCUGAAAUGUUACAAUCUUCUUUUAUCGUAUCAGACGAUAUGAUGGAUAACUCUGAACUACGAGACGGAAAGAUGUGCUGGUACAGAAAGAACAAGUUAGGCAAUAAGGCUCUCAACGAUUGCUUUCUGUUAGAGUCUUAUGUCUACAAACUCAUCAGACGAUUUACGUCACGGAAACAGUAUUACGUCCAUCUUGUGGAGCUAUUUUUAGAAGUAACGGAUAAAGUAGUGAUAGGUCAGUGCAUAGACGUCAUCACAUGUCCAAAAGAGGGCAGCCUCGAUUUCACCAAGUUCAACAUGGAUAGAUACUGUGAAGUAGCCAGAUUGAAAUGUGGGUUCUCUCUGCCACUGACUAUCGCCAUGCGUAUGGCAGGAAUUUCUGAGACAAACUUCUAUACCAUAGCAGAUAACAUCAUGCUGGAGAUGGGACUCUUCUCCCAAGUAGAGAAUGAUUACUUAGACUGUUAUGAUUCCGAUGUAUCCAGAAAAAUCGGAAACGACAUAGAGGAACGCAAAUGUACUUGGCUCAUUGUCCGUGCUCUGGAAGUGGCCACACCAGAACAGAGGCGGAGACUUAUGGAAUUAUACGAGAAAUGCAACGUACCAGACACUACAGCCAUAGAUGAGGUAAAACGCAUCUACCAAGACCUGGACCUACCUAGUCUUUACGCCCAGUAUGAGGCUGAGAGUUACAGGAGGGUGCUAGGCAUGAUUGACUCCCUGGACGGUAGAUUACCAAAAGGCAUAUUCCUGGAAUUUGUAAACUUCAUCUACAGGAGACAAAAGAGUAAGCUCUCCAGCUGACGUGCCAACUACCAUUGGGCGAAUAACAAUAGCUAGCUAUUUUUGGCAUUUCUAGCUAGUGGACAGACUAAUGAACGUGUUGAUAACCUAUGUGUCUUAAGAAGUAAUUAAUAAAUUGUACAUAUUUGAACAUUGCAAAAUCUAAUUUCUUAACUCUAUUGCUUGAAGCUCAAAGCAAAUGUCACAAUUUAGUUAGCGUCCUUGACAUUGUUUAGCUUAUAUUGUUCUUUCAAAAUCUUUUUCGUUCUUCCUAGUUUUUCCAAAGCUUCUAUCAACUCACUCUGUCUGUCUGUCUGUCUGGUCAAACGUUAGCACACGUUGUUUCUCCUACACCCAAUCUCGGAUCAAGUUGAAAUUUCGCACAAUUAUUUCUUUUACCUGACAACACAAGAAUCAAUUUAAAAGAAUUAACCAACUAAUGAACUAUUGGCAAUUAAUUAUUUUGUGUGUAUCUCGAAGAAGGAAACGAAAUAGUACUUGACUGAGGUGGUGGUAUAAGCUGAAGUAGUCCCUUUGAUAGGGCGCCUCUUUAAAGUAAGGUUGAAACAAACAAUAGAUAACUAUACAAUCUUCUAUGUUCAUACGCAACUCACAGGCCGUUCCACCCCCCAGCCCUCUUUAGUAAAUGGGUUUAAAAAACGAUCACAAUGAAAUUCCCGCAGGUCUCUCUUUCUUUGUACCCCCCACUCCCACCGUCCUAAGUGGUCCAGAUAAGUGAUUGUAUCAUAGCAUAUUGAGAAAGCUAAUAGCAGGAAAUAGCGCAAAACAAAACAAAAAAAUGGUGAAAAUAUUUCUAAUCGCACAGAUUUAUUGCUGUUGGUUUAGACGUCUAUUAUAAACUUAAUGACAUGACAGAUCCAAAUGAAUUGAUACAACUACACUUCGUAUAAGCUUUGUUAAAAAAAAAGCAUUUUUUUUUUUUUUAUGUUUUUCUUGUUAUUUUUCUUUCUUUUAUCGCCUUCACAUUUAUCCAGACCGAUUUCUCUUUUUGAUCCAUGUGAUUUGAUUUUAU